AUGAAACCAAGAUACAGGAUCUUUGUUAAGCUUGGCCAUGGGGAAUCCUCGACAGUUUGGAUGGCGAGAGACAUAGUGGAGGAUCGCUGGGUCGCCAUCAAGAUAUGCCAAGGCUCCGAGCUUUCGGCAAAAAGCAGAGAAGUAGCCUUGUUAGUUGAGAUACGUGACGGCUGCCAAAGCGAGCCGAGCCGCGAUCACAUUGUUGAACUCCGUGACUCGUUUAUCAUCAAGGGUCCAAACGGCUUGCAUCAGUGCAUCGUCACUGAGGUUGUCGCCCCGUUGACCGACCACUGGGUCAAAGACAAGAGACCUUUCUCUUCUGCGCGCCAGGUGGCACAAGCAUUCUCACUUUUGCACCAGCAGGGCAUAACACAUGGAGAUCCGUGCCUCGAACACCUUGGAGCCGCGCUUCCCCAGAUAAGCGGUGUUGACGAGGAACAGGUUUCGUGCGACUUCCCGGAUGAAGAGCUCAUUCCAGUGGUGCCUCGCCAGCUGGGGUUCCCGAUGAAGACGGUGCCAGCAUACGCGGUGCGAAAGGACUCCCUGGCUUUAUUCUUGAAGCAACAGGAGCUUCUUCCAAAAUAUUGGGAGCUGCAGAUCAAGGUCUUGGGUUUCGGGAAAGGUAAUAUGUAUUCUGUGGCAACGGGUGACCCCAUCUCGACCUGGUCCCACGAAGAUGAGCACAUCGUUCGUUGCUUAGAGCUUGGCGGCCCUCCAAUCGAAGCGUGGUUAGACUUGGCGAAACCGAAAAUGGAUCUUUGGGCAGGCUUUUACUCCGCGGACAGAGACAAGACUUGGCAAAAGCUGGCUGCGAAACCCGACUUUCAGGGAGAAGAGCGCCAGGCACUACUAGAUCUGUUGAAGAAGAUGCUCGUCAGCGACCCAAAAGGGAGGAUCUCGAUGGCCGAGGUGAUGGCACAUCCGUUUUGUGCACGGGAGUGGCCGAGCGAGAAGCCUGCGCCUUCGGAAGAGCCUCUGGUGCCGGAGACUGAGAAAGAGGCGACUCCAGUGAAACUCAUAUUCGGUUGGGACGAUGAAGAAGAGUAG